AUGGAUCGUACCAAUAUAUUACUGGUUUUCGUAAUCCUAUGUUUUGUGGGUGCACCAGCAGAAGAGAGCAGCCAGGAGGUGGAGAGAGUAAUAUAUGACUCAUACUUUGGGGAACCAAUUACAACUAGAAGGCGAAAUUUCUUAGAAAGCGGUACGAAUGUGACUGCUCUAUGCACAGUAGCUGUGAAGCCUUGCAACAAAAACGAGGGUCGUCGCGCUGAUGGUACCUGCAGCAACCCCAAGUACCCUUCUCGAGGUGCCGCAAAGAACCCGUUCCCUAGGCUUCUGCCGCCAAAGUUUGGACCAGCGUACUCCUUAGAUAUUAAAUGCCCAAAGUGUUCAAUAUAUUUUACUAACUCAAAUUCAGGCAAUUCGCUGAGACCAGCGAGAGAUGGGUCGGAGCUGCCUUCAGCUCGAGCUCUAAGGACCGCUCUUAUCGGGCAAGGUCACAUCACAAGCCACCAUUUCUCCACCUUAGCACCGCACUUCCAAGUUACUGUCGGCGUUGACAGUACUGAUUUACUUUAUUUGAUCAGGAUCAUCCAAGAAAUUGACUGUUGCCCGAACAACACUCCAAGCCGUGAGAAUCCCGUGUGUAUCCCGAUCCCCGUCCCUGCAGAUGAUCCUCAACAUCGGAUGACCGGCAUCAGGUGCCUCAACGUUAGCAGAGUUAUUACAUUCCAAGAAAUGGGGUGUCUUCCGAACUCCAUGCCGGCUGAAAGAUUCUCUUCAGUUACACCAUUACCAGACUUAUCGUUGAUAUACGGUAACACAGAAGAACGGACCAAUGCAAUAAGAGCCAACCACAGCGGUUUGCUCGCGUUCAGGAUGGAAGGAGGUCGAGAAGUGCCGGCUGGACAAAGCCCGUUUUGCCUCGAUAACAGACCAAAUGAAACAGUCUGCUACAAUUUCGGUAGGUCCCAAUCAUGACUAUAGUUAUAUAAGG